UUGACCAGCCCCCGGCUGUUGAGGAAGCGAUUCUUCCCCUGCGGGAAAGGAUGGUUGCCACUAAAAGAGGGCUUCUUUCGUUCUUCAUCCUUCUGGGAGCGCCUUCCAUUUGGGGCGAACGUAUUUUGAAGCAAUCGGUCAGCAGGAUCCGGCCCGGACAGACACCCUUCAGCCUGACGAUCAAACACGGCCCAGACAGUCAGGGUAUAUGGACAGCGUGGUUCAAUAUCGACCACCCGGGUGGCAACGGGGACUACGAGCGCUUGGAUGCCAUCCGGUUCUACUACCGCGACAGGGUGUGCCCCAGGCCCUUCCGUGUCGAAGCUCGCACGAUGGACUGGGUCCCCGCGGGCAGCACGGGCCAGGUGGUCCACUCCAGCGCACAGGAGGGGUUCUGGUGCCUGAACAGGGAGCAGCCUUCCGUGGAAACCUGCUUGAAUUACGCCAUUCGCUUCUUGUGCCCCGCAGGGUCUUUACCGCAAGAUUCCAAAGUGCUGUGGUCAUCGUGGUCAAAGUGGAGCGAGUGUUCUGCCAAAUGCGACCAAGCCGGGGUCCAGAUUCGGACCAGGAACUGCCUGGUGGAAAGCCUCCAAGACUCACGCUGCCAAGAAGUGAGCGAGGAAGGCCGGCGCUGCAUUGGACCCCCUUGCACAGUUUGCAACAUGACUUGCUCCAUGGGACGCGUGAACGCCGAGUGCGACACCUGCAUGUGUGAGGAUCAUCUACUCUACGGGAAAGUCUCCCUUCCGGAUGGAGCUCCGGCCGCCGGCGUGGCUGUCUACCUUCAAGCCAAGGCGCCAAAGCUAUUAACGGUGUCUGACGGCGACGGGACGUUCCGGGUCCCUGGAGUGUGUCUCGAUGGCCAAACAGUUCUGCAGGUCAAGAAGCCGAAGUACAAGACGGCUUUGGUUACUGUGCCCCAGAGCAUUCAAGGUUCCACCUCUGUCCACGUCCGGUUGAAAAAAGCUGACAAACCCUACAUAACCAAGCAGCCGGAGAACAAAGCCCGAAGAGAGGGACAGGGUGUCUCUUUCUGCUGCGAAGCGGCUGGAGAUCCAGCCCCGGAACAAUAUCUUUGGUUCCACAACGAUACUUUACUGGACCCUUCGCUCUACAAAUACAAAGGCAACCUGGUGUUAAAGAACUUGAAAAUGGACCAGGCAGGCCAGUAUUUCUGCAAGACAAGCAACGACGCAGGAUCCGUGAAGUCACAAGGGGCCACUCUCUUGUUAAUAGCGAAGGACGACACCCCCUGCAACCCCACGCCCGACAGCUAUCUCAUCCGACUGCCACAUGACUGCUUCCAAAACGCAACUGGCUUCUACUACAACGUUGGCAGGUGCGCGUCAGACACCUGCGUGGGAACGUUGGACAACAGUCUCCGGUGCAAGGACACCACUGCACAUUGCUGCGGGGUCUCCAAGAUGGAGACGCAAGAAAUCAUGUGUGCUGGAUACACGCUUCCCAUCAAAGUGGCCACUGAGUGUGGGUGUCAAAAGUGUGUCAAAACCAAAGCCACUGUUCGAGGGAGAGCCGUAGCGUUCGAUACCGGGGAGCCCAUGAGGUUUGGCCAUGUCUACCUGGGGAACAAUCGGAUCAGCAUGACCGGCUACAAGGGAACCUUCUCCAUUCAAGUGCCCACUGGCACAGAUCGUCUGGUUCUCACAUUUGUCGACCGCCUGCAGAAGUUUGUGAACACCACAAAAGUGUUGCCUUUCAACAAAAACGGCGGGGCUGUCUUCCAUGAGAUCAAAAUGUUAAGGAAAAGCCCACCCGUGACUCUGGAAUCAACGAAGACCAGCAUGAUCUCUUUGGGAGAGAUGGAAGGAGAUGAUCCAAUAGCCACGCUGGAAAUUCCUCCCGAUACGUUUUAUAGACAAAAUGGAGAACUUUACGUGGGGAAAGUGAAAGCCAGUGUCACCUUCCUGGAUCCAAGGAAUGUCUCCACUGCGGCCGCAGCACAAAGCGACCUGAAUUUCGUGGAUGACGAAGGCGACAUGCUCCCACUGCGGACGUACGGCAUGUUUUCUAUGGAUUUCACCGAUGAAUCAACCACUGAGGCACUCAACGCAGGGAAUGUAAGAGUCCAUCUUGAUUCUGCUCAGGUGAAGAUGCCGGAACAUCAGAAAGGGAUGAAGCUUUGGUCUCUAAACCCACAUACGGGUCUAUGGGAGGAGGAAGGAGAAUUCCAUCUCGACCAAAGGAGGCGCAGCAAGCGAGAGGAGAGAACGUUCCUGGUGGGCAACAUGGAGAUAAGAGAGAGGAGGCUUUUCAAUCUCGACGUCCCGGAGAACAGGCGGUGCUACAUCAAGAUACGGACUUACAGAAGCGAGAGAUACCUGCCCAGCGAACAAGUUACGGGGGCUGUGGUUUCUGUUAUCAACUUGGAACCAACACCGGGAUACGCUACCAAUCCUAGGGCCUGGGGCCGUUUCGACAGCGCCGUCACCAGCUCCAACGGAGCUUGCGUGCCAGCAUUCUGCGACGACCAGAACCCAGACGCCUACAGCGCUUACGUCAUGGCGAGCCUUGGGGGAGAAGAACUUGAAGCCGUCCCCUCAUCUCCCAGGUUUAACCCUCUUGCCAUUGGAGUCCCACAACCGUACCUCAACAAGCUGAAGUACAGGCGGACGGAUCACCUCGAUCGUAACGUAAAGAAAACCGCUUUCAGGAUCAGCGUGGCCAAACCGACUCCCAACGUUGCCGAAGAGAGCAACGGCCCCAUCUACCCUUACGAGAAGGCGAGAGAAUGUGAAGUAGCUCCAUACUUCGCCGCUCACUUCCGGUUCUACCGAGUCGAGGGAGACAGGUAUGACUACAACACCGUUCCUUUCAACGAGGAUGACCCUUUGAGUUGGACGGAAGACUACUUAGCCUGGUGGCCGAAGCCGAUGGAGUUUAGAGCAUGUUACGUGAAGGUGAAAAUAAACGGACCCGUUGAGGUGAAUGUGAGGUCUCGCAACAUGGGUGGUACACAUCCACGCACCGUCGGCCAACUGUACGGCAUCAGAGACGUGCGCAGCAUCCGGGACAUGGAUCGUCCCAAUCUUUCAACAGCAUGCUUGGAGUUCAAGUGCAGCGGCAUGCUGUACGACCAAGAACGUGUGGACAGGACACUGGUGAAAAUUAUCCCACAAGGUAACUGCUACAGAGAGAGCGUCAACAGCAUGCUGCACGAGUAUCUGGUAAAUCAUCUCCCAGUGGCUGUGAAUAAUGACUCCAGCCAGUAUACUAUGCUGGCUCCUCUAGACCCUCUUGGCCACAACUAUGGGAUCUACACCGUUACUGACCAUGAUCCUAGGACAGCCAAGGAAAUAGCUCUGGGCCGAUGUUUUGAUGGAACGUCUGACGGUUCUUCCAGAAUUAUGAAGGGCAACGUGGGCAUAGCAUUGACUUUUAGCUGUCAGGAAAGAGAUGCCCAGCAACAAAGCGUAUUCCAGUCACUGCGAAACCUACCCAGCCAGUAUUCAGCAAGUCCUCUUAGAGAAAGAAUCGCCGUAAAGAGGCCGAGCAGGAACCGGGUGGUUCAGAUCCAGGGGAAAGGCGUUCCUUCCGUUAGAAUUCCACAAAGAGUCCAAUGAGAUUGUGUACACCAAGUCCUUAGUCUAUGGGAAAGCCAACAUAAGAACAUAAGAAGGGCCCUGCUGG